AUAAAGUCUGCGCGUCAGCAGAAGGAAGGAAGAGUGUCUAAACACAAAGAGACUCUUGGAGAAGCGGCUGAGUAGAAUCAUCUACUAUUAUAAAGAUGGCGUCUCUUAAAGAGGACAGUGAAGAUCUGAGGAUCACAGAAGUGUUCACACUGAAACAUGAAGAUCCUGAGGAACAAACAGGGCUGAUGGUGCAGAAAGAAGAGACUUCGUACCUGAAUCAAAUGGAAGAGAAAGAUCAGAAUGAGAAACACCAAGAUUUCUUACCUGAUGAACCAUCCUCAGUGACCAAAAACACUUGUGAAAGUGCUGAGAAAACCAAAUCUAACAGUUAUAUCCCUUGUCCGGAGUGUGGAAAACAGUUUUGUCAGAAAUCAAGCCUUGAAGCUCACAUGAGAAUUCACACCGUAGAGAGCCUUAUAACAUGUGAUCAGUGUGGAAAGAGUUUCUCUAGAAAAUCAUAUUUCGACAAGCACAGGAAAACUCACACCAAAGAGAAGCCUUACUGGUGUACCGAGUGUGGAAAGCGAUUCAGUCAAAAGAACAACCUUACAGUGCACAUGAGAAUUCACACCGGAGAGAAGCCUUUUCCCUGUCAGUAUUGCGGAAAGAAAUUCAGGCAAAUGCAAAACCUUAAGGCUCACAUUUCUGUCCACACCGGAGAGAGGCCUUAUAACUGGCAACCAUGUGGAAAGAGAUUUACUAAAGUAGAAAUCCUUAAAGAACACACAGGAAUUCACACUGAAAAGAAUCUUUUAACGUGCGAUCAGUGUGGAAAGAGUUUCACUAGAAAAGCAGGUUUUGAAAUCCACAUGAGAAUGCACACCAAAGAGAAGCCUUACUGGUGUACCGAGUGCGGAAAGCGAUUCAGUCAAAAGCACAACCUUGAGGUGCACAUGAGAAUUCACACCGGAGAGAAGCCUUUUCCCUGUCAGUAUUGUGGAAAGAGAUUCAGGCAAUUAAAAAACCUUAAAGCUCACAUCACUGUUCACAAACAGAAGCAGUAUGCCUGCCAACAGUGUGGAAGGAGUUUUGCCCAAGCAGAAAACCUCCAAGUCCACAUGAGUGUCCACACUGGAGAGAAGCCCUACUCUUGCACGCAGUGUGGCAAAAACUUUAAAUGUAAAUACAACCUUACUUGCCACAUGAAAAUUCACACUGGAGAGAAGCCGUUCACGUGUGAUGAGUGUGGAAAAGGGUUUAGGCGUAAAUUUCACCUUAAACAACACAUGUGGCUUCACAGAACAGAUAAAUUAUUUACAUGUGAGAAGUGUGGGAAGAGUUUUGUGCGUGAAGAUUACCUUAGCGAGCACAUGAGGGUUCACACAGAGAAAUCUUUUAAAUGUGAUCGAUGUGGAACGGGUUUCUCUUAUAAGAGGAACCUCAAAGUACACAUGGCCAGGCAUUCACCCAAAGAUGACCCCCAAUAACAUUCAUCUAGAUUUGCCCGUGUGAGUAUAUUUCUGCCAAUUAACCUAGCAAGAAACAUUCAACACUACUGUGUCUCUGUUAACCGUAUGGUUGUUUAAUUCACCCGGAUGUGUUGUUUGUUGUGUUAUGUUCGUUAUUUUGAAAUAAACCUAUUAUUAAGAUACACAAUUUGACC